CUAAAACAUACACACGCACACUCCUGCUCUCAAACAUCGCUAUUAACACAGACAGGGAUCUUACGUUUUCAAGACUACAGCUUUAUGAGGAAAGCCUGGGUUUGGAUAGACUGGAAGCUUUAAAUGGCACAUGAUCUGAAAUCCUAAAACCAGACUAGACCCAAGUCAGCCACCCUAAACUCAUUUAUGUUCAACUGGAAAACCACAAUCUGAUAGUCUUUGAUUCACAUAACCAACCAUGUCCAAGGACGAGGACAUUCCGAGUCCACCUCCGGAGUGGCCGGAAAACAUUGAGAUGUAAACAUUUCAGGAAAGCCUACAGCACAAGUCAUGAUGAAACAGAGAAUACUCCUAUAGUACUUAACAGCCAUACACAUAAAUCCAGCCCAUCCCUUCAGAACACAGAAGGCUCUUUCACCCGAUUACAUGGAUAUAACGUGUGGAGAGACAGCACGGGCUAUUACCUCCAAUUCUUCCUCUCCGCUCACCAUGAGGGAUUUGCGCUCCCCUUCUGUUGUCUGAGGUCAACCGACGCAACGCCACCCUGAUAAGUCUGGCUUAGCUGGCCACUUGAGUUUCAAUGCUCCAUGCUGUUUUAAGAUGAGGGUAUGGAAAGAGGUCGCCCUCUUCUUUAUCCUGUUCGGUGCCGCAUUUUUCCUCCUGCUUCUGAGAACCGCGUUACCUGUCGGGCCUUCCCACCCAAAGGCCUUAGAGCUGUCAUCAUCAACUCUAUUACCCUCACAUGAUUCACCUUCAUCAUCAUCAUCAUCAUCAACCAUGGUGAGGAAAUCAGCACCCCGGCGGCCGGUCAGAGCUACGGAGGACAUGGCCUCUAUUCUCUCUGAGUUCUCCUACAUCCUUCAAAGCUUCACCGAGGGUGAACUACAGAAGGUGAUCGCAACCCUGAUAGACAGAAAGGAGAGAGAAAUGGGCACCGAGGCUGGACGCAGGACCAAACGAGCGCGGAAAGGCCCGAAGCCAUGUGCUCUACAUGAGCUUGAGGUGACUGUAAGCGACUUAGGUCUCGGUUAUGAUAGCGACGAGACCGUUCGCUUCAGGUACUGCAGUGGCAAGUGCGCCCACGAACGACGCAACUACGACUUUGUAAUGGAAAAUUUGCAAUUGAACAACGCAUCCAGUGAGAAAGGCCGGCGAGGGCGGGAAAAUGGAAAAAAAGACAAGGCACGCUACACACCUUGCUGUCGCCCUACAAAGUUCGAGAGGAAAAUGUCAUUCUUUGACAAUAAACUGAGAUUCUACACUAUUCAGAAUGUUUCUGCAAGGGCGUGCGGCUGCGUAUGACAUUUUGAGAAGUUCAGGAAGUUUGCUUGUUCAUUACCAUGGCAUCAGUGGAUAUACUUCAGGGCAUGCGGCUGUGCAGGAUUCCACGGUAACUUUGGAAAGUGUUACCGCAUGAUGCGCAGGAGACCGUGGAGCGAUCCUAGAACGCAGGGCAAAUUGCAAUUUAAAAAAAAAAUGCUAAGGGGGUGUAGUAUGCCACCACGGAAAAAAUGAAAGAAUGUCCAUUAAAAGAAGAAAAAGCCUGGCAUGAGGUCCAAAGCCAUUGGUAACUGUGGAACGUCUACCACAUGAAACAAAGAGGGCUGUUCGCUUUUGACCAGCACAGGGUAUUGGACACUAAACUGAAAAUAUUACGAGGUCACUUUUUAAACCAAAGGUGGGUUGUUGGUUUAAUUUGCUGAGACCGAUGGCAGGAGACUGCUUUUGCCUUCCACUUGAAACUUUUGCAGAUGAAAUAAUACUUAAUCAAAUACAUAAAUAUAUAUG